GUCAGCAAUAUGAUAUCAUUUAACUUCCAGGACAAGAAAACCUCCUAGCUUGCAUACGCACAACAUCAUGACUUGCUGGCAUUCAAGUGUCGCCAAGAAUCCCGCAAGAAACACACGUACAGUCUCCCUUCUCCUACUUGUAUGUACCGCUUCUCAGAUGCAAUUCCACUCAGCGUCCUCAAGCAGCUUCUCUAUGUAUAUUUUGAAGCCGGAAACGGUGGGUGUUGCCUCGGGACAAUACUGCCUCGACAUGAAUCAAGGGAGAAUGAUCUUCAAAAAGAGAGUACCCACUCUUAAUAGUCUUUCCCUCCACAAUAGAGAAAAAUAAAAAACAUUAAUUUGUGCAUUAUGGCACACGUAGCCAGCAAACAAAGAGCAUGAGGUUGCAAAGAAAGCCGAGGAAGUAGUGGUAGUUCCCCGCUCCGCUCCGCCUAGCUUAUCUUUUUACCCUCACCUUCUUUAAUUUCCGAACCGCACCAAAAAUAAGGCUGCCAGA